CAUUGUCCUGGGGCAGGCCUUGCUGUCUGCAUCCCACCCCGAACGCGAAAGCAAGGGGACUCAAUACAAAAUCCGUGCUUCAAUUACGGAGCGGGAGUAGAUGGACGCUAUCGUUCGGAACCCGUCAUCCGCCAUGCCCAACUUGUCCGUCCUGGCCCAAUGCGAACUCGAUCGAUCAACACGCCAACUGUAACGUCCACUUGAAACGAACUUAGUCACUCCUCCCACCAACGGAAAGUCUGCCUCUGCCACUCGGGUUUGAAUCACAAAUGCAAAGCCGAAAGGCUGGUCACGUUUGGCCCUGCAUGCCCAUCGAAAACCCACCCACUGUCCGUCUCUUCACUGAAAAGAGUCCUAGAAAAAAAACAUCAACGUCGCGGAACCGUUUCGACCCACCCUCGCUCCGUGGCCGCCUUCCAGGGCGUUCCCUCCAACCCCGCGGACCCGCCCUACAUACGGUAGGUAGUCUGCGGAAAAGACUCCGGCGGAUCACCUCUCAAUCCCCGCAGACCCGGCAGGGGCCAAGACUUGCUUUCUUCAGUACUGAUAGAGAGAGUUACGGCCCAUGCCGCUGUCCCGUCUAUAAGGAAAUCAGAUUGACCGCUCGACACCUUUUUCUAUUCUUUUUCUUUUCAAUAUCAUUAUCAUUGUUCUUUUUCUUCGUCGUCACCAUCUUCCUUUUUUCUCUUUUGAGUGUCAAACUUGGCAUCCCCCACGAUUCCUGUCCCUCUUUGUCCUCUAGUUAUGAUGAAGCCAAUCGCGAGCUGCUCGGACCGUAAUCGCAUAAAGGCCCUAUUUCCGACCCCAGGAUUUUCAGAAUAAGCACCUUGCCGCAACGAGGCGUGUGUGCCGGCGAGGUCAUGCCGGCGAAGCGGCACUUUCUACUAACAUGUC